AUGCAUCAGGGGAGCGAAAGAAGGGAGUGGCACCAGCUGUCUCAUGGCAACGUUGAGUCUGGCAAGGGCCGUCUCAGCGUGGCAGAGGCGCAAGAGAAGAUUGCAGAUGUGGAUGCCAUUCCAGUCUUGAACCUCUACAGCGACCUUGCACAUGAAGGACGCCUCGAGGCUGCUCUAGAAAUCGUGGAGGCUGCAGUCCGCGCAAAGAGGGAUGACAUCCUUGGAAGGGUUCGGCACAACCACUUCCUCAGAAUGGCAGCUGAUCAAGCGUGCGGCCCCAACAAGCAGCAGGCUACAAAGCUUGCCAUGCGCUUCGUCCAGGUGCUGCCUCGGAAGUUCACCGACGCGCGCACGUACAAUAUGCUUGUGAGCGUGUGCGUGAAGGCAAAGGACCUCACUCAGGCGUUGCACGCGGCCGACAUGCUGAAGUCCACCGGACGCAAGCUGGACACCAUCCUGUACACCAACCUCAUCAGCGUGUGUGCUGCUGUGGGGAACGCGGAUGCAGCCUUCGAGCUGUAUGCGGCCAUGAAAGCGGAGGCCGUGAAGACUGAGGCUCAGGUGUACACGGCGCUCAUAUCGGCGUGCAGCCGGGAGAUCCUGGACACUCCGCCGGCCAACAGGCGCGUGCAGCUGGUGCUGCUGGAGCGCGCCCGCGGCGUGCUUGGCGAGGUGCGUGCCAACGGGCUGCGGCCGGACGCCAUUCUGUGGAACGCGCUCAUCACCGCCGCCGGCCGGGCCGGGCAGGGGAGCGGCUGCAAGGCGGACGCGCACACAUACGCGUCCCUAGUGGACGCAUGCGCUCGGGCGGGCCGCGCUGAUCUGGCGAUCCGGGUGUACCACAAGGCCCUGCGCGAGCGCUGCGACGCAUCCCUGCUCGUCUACGCGUCCGCCAUCGCUGCCUGCCGCACCGCUAAACCGGUGGACCUCACCACCGCCAUGGACAUCUACGGCGACAUGCAGCGGAAUGGCGUGGAUCCGGACGAGCGGCUGUAUGCGACGCUGAUGGGCGUGGCGGGCGCUGCUGGCAACCUGGAGCUGGCAUUCAGCCUGCAGGACGAGAUGGUCAUGGACGGCCUGCGCCCCUCCAAGCUGACGCAGUCGGCGCUGAUCCAAGCCUGCAUAGACUGCGGGGCGCUGGAGCGCGCGCGGCAGCUGUACGCGGCGAUGCAGGAGCAGGGCCGCGCGCCGUCGCUGCAGGCGCUCAACAACCUGAUCAACGCGCACGGCCGCGCCUGCCGCCUGGGGGACGUGGUGUCCCUCGUGCAGGACCUGGCGGCCGCGGGCAUGCGCCCCGACGCGUUCACCUUCGCCGCCAUCCUCAACGCAUGCCAGCGUGCAAACGAGGCCGAGCUCGCCUUCGAUGUCUAUAGGCGAGCGCCUCCCCUUCACAUUCUUAAUCGCUCAUGCGUUGCAUGCCUCUCUUACGGGAUCCUGAAGCAGCGGGGGCACCUGGUGGACGAGGCGGUGUGCUUCAUCCUGGUGCGCCUCUGCUACAACCGCCUGCGCGACGCCUGGUACCCGGGCGGCUACCCACCCAAGAAGUCCAGCGUGACCGCCAGCAGGCUGGGCCGCAACCCGGCGGGGCCGGCGCUGCUGCGAGCGCUGGGCAGCGUUGGGAACGAGCACGUAGGCGGCUCGGUCGGGGAGGCGGUGUGGGCGCAGCGUGCAGUGGACGUGUACCGUGAGGCGCUGUCGGCCGGCUACCGGCCGCGCCACCACGUGCUGGAGCGCGUUCUGGCCUGCCUGCGCCAGCCCCAGGCCCCCAAGGGCGCCGCCCCUGCCGCCUUUGCCGCCCCCUUCCAGGCGGGCAGCUAUGCGGCGGCGGAGGGCCACGCAGCGGAGGCAAUGCUGCAGAGCAACAGCCGCAACCCGGCCAAAAUAUUUGAUGCGCGCGCGGUGGCCAUCCUGGAGGAGGCCAUCAGUCUGGGCGCCCUGCCGCAGUUCAGCCUCGCCAAUGCGCAGCCCCUCGACCUGCGCUAUGUGCCCCCCUGCACCGCUGAGGUGUAUGUGCUGGCGAUUGUGGCGGCCAUGCAACGUGGUGCCGAGCCCAACAAAGAGAGCGAUCUGAUCAUCAUGGUACCCUCCUAUGACCCGGCCGAGAUCUUCUCGCCUUCCUAUGGCCACGACGAGCCGGAGCCGGCCAGGGAGUCGGCCAGCUUCCCAUCCCUCAGGUCAGCGCGGGGCAAGGAGCAGAGGCGGAUGGCGGAGGAGACAGGAGGGGAGUCGGAGCAGAGGGCGCUGAGUGAGACGGGGUUGGGCGUGGCCGGCAUGCUGCGCCGCAUCGGCCUGUGGGCGGUGGAGGACGCCAUCAAGGGCCGCAUCACCGUGCCCGGCAAGGAGCUCGUCCGCUGGCUGCGCGCUGCCGACAGGGCGGCGUCCAGUGUAAGGAACGCGUCGCUGUCAAUGUCAGCGCUGCAGGAGCAGAAGUGGAUUGGUGGCUCAAUCGCAAAACAGCAGAAGAACAUCCGAUUGGGGCUCGGCGGGAGUGGGACAAGGGGCAGGCCUGGGCGCUUUGGCGUGACCAACCCCCAGACACCUAACCUGUCUCAAGACUGA